UUAACAGCUAGUUACUCUGAUGUUACAAGUUUUAAGAGGUUGGAGAAAUUUCCAUUGCUCCACGUCUCAUUUUGAGGCUGUUACUAUCAACGAUUGGUACAGGGACGUGAAGCCAAAGCGAUGGGUGACAAAGUCGGACAUCUCCAGAGAUCAAGCUGAUUUGUUGACCACGACUAUUUCCCAUUUGCUUCCGCUGACUGCCAGCACCGACUGUUUACCAUAUGGCUAUCAUUUUAUCUACGCCAAUUCGCACUCCCUAGAGCCAGAAUUGAAUGUAGAUGGCUACGAUUCGUACCAAGCCCCGCUCAUCACUGGCAAGCAGCCCCCCUUUUUCAGACGUCGGAUGUGGGUCCAAGGAGAUAUCCAAUUCAAGAAACCAAUUCGUUACAAUAUCCCCCUUGUGUGCGAAGAGUCCAUAACAAGGGUAUUCCAACUGAAUGAUUCUGUUUUUGUGAACAUAAAACGGGAUUUCAUAGACCCAACAGCCGAGUCUGAGGAUCGCUUACGCUUAACUGAGGCCCGCACAUUGUGGUACACUGAUAAGUUGUAUAUGGAUGCUCAACGACACUCGUUAAUCUCUCUCCCCACGGGGUUACCCGUGAAAACCCACGAACUCCAAAUUUCACCGUCCACUUUGUUGAGGUACUCCGGUCUUACUUUCAACUCCCAUAAGAUCCACUACGACAAAGACUAUGCCAAAGGAGAGGGAUUUCCAAACGUUCUAGUCCAUGGACCUUUGACCAUUACCUUGCUUCUUUCUUGGCUCCAAUCAUCGGUGGUUGGGCCAGUCGGCAUCCAUUCGAUCAAGUAUAAAAAUGUAAAACCACUUUUCGCUGGCGAAAAAUGCAAACUAGUGUGCUACAACGAGUCUGACUCGCGAGAGGGGUACCGGGUCUUUCUUUUAAACGGUGAAGGCGAUAUUUGUGUUGAAGGGCUGGUCGUUUUAGAAAUGGCCCAAGCCGGUGAAGUAUAAAACUGGUGCUAAUCCAUCAAUACCCAUAUAACAACGAAGGAUAUUUAAAGGCUAGAUGGAGAUAUAACUGAUCACGGAGCGAAUAAAAGUCCAGAACCGUUGGAAGAUGUAUUUAGAGUCUGGAUGGUGUAUUUGCAAUUGGUAAACUUGCUAUAGGAGUUAAGUUUUAUACUAUAUAUCCGAGACUCACCACCCUUUAUCUUAUGUCUCAGCUCUAAAUUAGCAGACCGUGUGUCCUAUAAGCUGGUCCAAGUAGAGUACCUGGAAACAA